UAAAUAAAAAGGUCAAUUUUUCAAAUAAUCCAAUUUUAUUUUCAUUUCAAAUAUGACCAUUGAUCAUUGUCAAAUCGUGUUGAAGGAAUUACUUUUUUUCUUACUUAAUUUUAUGUUACAGAAUUUAUGUAUAUAACUACUGGAUUGAAAGAGUAGAACAUAUGAAGAUGAAGAUGAAGCGUCAACUGAAGAAGUGUGUUCCCCGGCUUGGAGUAAAGUUCAUCGGUCUCCCUGAUUCUUGGGUAAACAGAGCCCUGAAACCUGCCGUCAUCGGACUAAAACAAAUUUCUAACUUUCAUCGCAAGUUAUAUGAGAAGGACGGAGCAAAAUUAAAGCAGGCUGAGAACAGUCAGAGACCCAGGACAGUCAUUAAGUACUCAGAGCAGACAUCCAACCUUCCGUCGAGAAAUAUAAAACUUGAUUCGACAAAGAAUGAGCAAACAGAGGAAAACAGAUCACCGGAAAAACACCAGAUCUUCCAUAUGCCGACAUUAAUCUGGGAUCAAAAAGAGAAACCAGUUCGAGUUCCAGUUAAAGCUCCCAUACCGAGAUUUAUCAAACCAGUAAUAAAGAAAAAGAAGAUUAAGAAGAAGAAACCUUUAUUAUCUCUAGAGGAAAGGUCCAUGACUCCUUGUCAACGAAUUGGUUUCUGGUGGAAAAGAAUUAUAACAAGCUCCGAAAAUGAUCUGAAAAAUAGGCGCGAGAAAAGGAAACUGGUCGACUAUUCUGGCAUUUACAAUAUUCUGCAAGAGGAUUCUCCUAUUUCCGACUUAGUUCUUGAUAGUGAAGAUUCCUGGUUGCGUCCUAACCCAACAGUAGUUCUACCAGCCCAGUCUGUUCGUCAGACAACCUAAGUCGCCCCUUCUCACCAGGCCAACAAGAACGUCCUUCCUCGCCCAACAAACAAGAUUACUUCUCCUCACCCGACAAACAAGAUUGCUUUUCCUCACCCGACAAACAAGAUUUUCCUUCCUCACCCGACAAACAAGAUUUUCCUUCCUCACUCGACAAACACGAUGGUUCUUACUCGCCCGACAAAAAAGAUCGUUCUUCUAUACCUGAUAAACAAGAUCGUUCUUCUAUACCUGAUAAACAAGAUCGUUCUUCUAUACCUAAUAAACAAGAUCAUCUGUUCUCGCCCGAUAAAAAGAAUCGUUCUUCCCAUCUUAACACGCCAGAUCAUUCUUUUUCAUCAGAAAAUUUCUCCUCCUUGGACACACCAGACCAUUCUCUCUCACCUGAUUACUCUCUUUUGUUGAGCACAUCAGACAAUUCCUAUCCAUUCGACGUCCCAGACCAGAUAUUCUUAUUCUAAACACAUCGGACACCAGACCUGCUAGUCUGUUCAUGUUCAAUCGUGCUAGAAAAAACCAUAUCAAGCAAUAUAUUACCUACACCUGUGCACAUUGAUUGGAAGUAGAUUGUAAUGUAUACAACUAUUGUUAAAAGGCAAAAAUAUUUAGUGAAUAUUAAUUUCAUAUUUGUGAAAAAAUAUAUGAAAAUAGCUUA